AGACAGCAGCUGCUGAUCCUGCCGUUGGUCAGUUGGUGGCGCUGAUGGAGCAAAGAAGGUUUAUUAUUAAGCAGCAUUGAACAUCCACAGAAGAAGAGGAGGAGGCUAGCCUCUGUCUUCUAUCACGUCCUCAGUGGAGAGUUAAAUGUCCGUGAAUCCAGUAGCGGCUUCAUUGAGCAGAAAACUGCAGAAGAGUAACGAUGUCUGGACGAGGCAAAGGAGGAAAAGGACUCGGUAAAGGAGGCGCUAAGCGUCACCGUAAAGUUCUCCGGGAUAACAUCCAGGGAAUCACCAAGCCCGCUAUCCGCCGUCUGGCUCGCCGUGGUGGAGUCAAGCGUAUCUCCGGUCUGAUCUACGAGGAGACCCGCGGUGUGUUGAAGGUGUUCCUGGAGAACGUCAUCCGUGAUGCCGUCACCUACACCGAGCACGCCAAGAGGAAGACGGUGACCGCCAUGGAUGUGGUGUACGCUCUGAAGAGGCAGGGCCGCACUCUGUACGGCUUCGGAGGUUAAAGUCAGCGAUGAUGUAGCAAAACAAAGGUCCUUUUCAGGGCCACACAUCUCCUCUACAGAGCAGCAGCCUGAUGCUCCUCAACAACGAUGUUGGUCUGAUUCAACGUUUUUAAAAGAUUGCCAAAAUACAUUUGGUGUUUAGUAACCGUGCAUAUGAAAUAUAAGUCUGCUACUCAAGCAAGUAUCGUGUGUGAAGGCAGAGUCAGUUACAGCAGCUUCAACUUUGUCUCUGUUUAUAGUUUGUCUCCUUUUUUUUUUUUUUU